GAGGACGGUGGAACAGUUUCGUAACCACAGAGUGGGAGGAGCUUGACUCUCUGGAAGCUCGGAUACAGCAGGACGAACAAACACAGGCAACCGUCGGGAAGUGUUGGGGCGCCAGCGAAGACCGAGAAAGCCACCUGAAAUCUCACCCUGGGAGUCUACCUGAAGCCCUGCAAGAGUAGGGGGUUGUUCCAAACAAUCGAAAACAAGCCAGUGAUACUCGGGAUGUGAAUCCCCGUGCGCCUACCUGGAUUAUUUUUGCCCUAGUCAAGCUUUAUACACUACGGAAGCAUUUUAUCAGUGUUUCCCACACAACAUUCAAGUCAGGUCGGGAACCUCUGACAGGGACUGUUCUGGGGCAGACAUGUGAUGCGAGCGGUUACUAUAAUGUGUGUUUUACUGUUUUGCAGUCGCACGGUUUGUUUUGAGGAGUAACCCAUCGGGGAGAUCGGUAAAGGUGGGGCCGAACCGGAGACGCCAAAGGGAUUAUUUUAACACGCGUUUAGCCUGGAAGCUCUCCUUCUCUCCCUCCCUCCCUCCCUCUCUUCACCCGUAGCGUUUCGGGGAAGUCGACGGGAGGCGGUAUUUGGAAAUUAGAAACGGUUGUUGUAACUCAGCGACUGCUCUCCUCCGGUUUUGCAUUUCGGUGUGCGCCUCAUAAUUUGUGUCCACCGUCAGCUGCUUGUGGCCUUUGUCUCCUGGUUGGAACAUAAGGUUUGAGGACGCGUAUAUUUGGGGAUCAUUUCCCCAGCCGACUCUUGACUGACUAUGGCGGACGACGACAUUCUCUUUGAAGAUGUGUACGAGCUUUGCGAGGUCAUCGGAAAGGGUCCCUUCAGCGUGGUCAGGAGAUGCAUCAACAGGGACACGGGACAGCAGUUUGCUGUCAAGAUCGUGGAUGUUGCCCAGUUCACCUCCAGCCCUGGGCUCAGCACAGAAGACCUGAAGAGGGAGGCCAGUAUUUGCCACAUGCUGAAGCACCCCCACAUCGUGGAGCUCCUGGAGACGUACAGCUCGGACGGCAUGCUCUACAUGGUGUUCGAGUAUAUGGACGGUGCAGACCUCUGCUUUGAGAUCGUGAAACGGGCAGACGCUGGCUUUGUCUACAGUGAAGCCGUGGCCAGCCACUACAUGAGGCAGAUCCUCGAGGCGCUCCGCUACUGCCAUGACAACAAUGUCAUCCAUCGAGACGUCAAGCCUCACUGUGUGUUGCUGGCAUCCAAAGAGAAUUCGGCCCCGGUGAAGCUGGGUGGGUUUGGAGUUGCCAUCCAGCUCGGAGAGUCGGGACUAGUGGCGGGCGGCCGCGUGGGCACGCCACACUUUAUGGCCCCCGAGGUGGUGAAGCGGGAGCCGUACGGCAAGCCGGUGGACGUGUGGGGCUGCGGGGUCAUCCUGUUCAUCCUCCUCUCCGGCUGCCUACCCUUCUACGGCACCAAGGAGCGGCUGUUUGAGGCCAUCUGCAGGGGAAAGUACAAGAUGAAUCCGCGGCAGUGGGGCCACAUCUCUGAGAGCGCUAAGGACCUGGUGAGACGCAUGCUGAUGCUGGACCCCGCUGAGAGGAUCACUGUCUACGAGGCCCUCAACCACCCCUGGCUCAAGGAGAGGGACCGGUACGCCUACAAAAUCCACCUCCCCGAGACGGUGGAACAGCUGAGGAAGUUCAACGCCAGGAGGAAGCUCAAGGGGGCAGUGCUCGCGGCGGUAUCCAGUCACAAGUUCAACUCCUUUUAUGGAGAUCCUCCUGAGGAGCUUCACGACUUCACUGAUGAUCCCACGUCCUCAGGUGCUGUGUCUCAGGUUUUGGACAGCUUGGAGGAGAUCCACGCGCUGACCGACUGCAGCGAGAAGGACCUGGACUUCCUCCACAGUGUAUUCCAGGACCAGCACCUUCACACACUCCUCGACCUCUACGACAAGAUAAACACCAAGUCAUCGCCACAGAUCAGGAACGCCCCCAGCGAUGCUGUGCAGAGAGCCAAAGAAAGCUCCUCCCCGGAUGAAGAAGCAAGUGGCGCUUUGAAACAUCUGGAAUAUGUACUGGAAGAAAUCUCCUGCUACCCAGAGAACCACGACGCUAAGGAACUCAGGCGGAUACUGACCCAGCCACAUUUCAUGGCGCUGCUGCAGACCCACGACGUGGUGGCCCACGAGGUGUACAGCGACGAGGCUCUGAGGGUGACGCCGCCACCCACCUCGCCCUACCUCAACGGGGACUCCCCCGGGAGCGCCGCCGGGGACAUGGACCUGGAGAACGUGACCCGCGUCCGCCUGGUGCAGUUCCAGAAGAACACAGACGAGCCCAUGGGCAUAACGUUGAAGAUGAACGACUUGAACCACUGCAUCGUAGCCAGGAUAAUGCACGGGGGAAUGAUCCACAGACAAGGAACAUUGCAUGUGGGAGACGAGAUCAGGGAGAUCAACGGCAUCAGUGUGGCUAACCAGACGGUGGAGCAACUGCAGAGGAUGCUGAGAGAUAUGCGAGGGAGCAUCACCUUCAAGAUAGUGCCAAGUUACCGGACACAGGGCUCCUCGUGUGAAAAAGAGUCCCCUUCCACCUCCAGGCAGUCCCCUGCCAACGGCCACUCCAGCAUUAACAGUUCUAUCUUGGACCUGCCGUCCUCCAUCCAACCCAAGGGUCGACAGAUCGAAUCCAGACCUGCAAUCAAGGAUAAAAUGUCUAUCAAGAUCUACGUCAGGGCUCAGUUCGAGUACGACCCCGCCCGGGACGAGCUCAUCCCCUGCAAGGAGGCGGGGGUGCGCUUCUGCGUGGGCGACAUCAUCCAGAUCAUCUCCAAGGACGACCACAACUGGUGGCAGGGCAAGCUGGAGAACACCAAGAACGGAACGGCGGGCCUCAUCCCCUCGCCAGAGCUGCAGGAGUGGCGUGUGGCGUGUAUUGCCAUGGAGAAGACGAAACAGGAGCAGCAGGCCAGCUGUACCUGGUUUGGCAAGAAGAAGAAGCAGUACAAGGACAAGUAUCUGGCCAAGCACAACGCAGUGUUUGACCAACUAGACCUCGUCACGUACGAAGAGGUUGUGAAACUUCCGGCCUUCAAGAGGAAAACACUGGUGCUGUUGGGUGCACACGGCGUGGGCAGAAGACACAUUAAGAACACGCUCAUCACCAAACACCCCGACAGAUUUGCCUACCCCAUCCCACACACCACCCGGCCCCCCAAGAAGGAGGAGGAGAACGGGAAGAACUACUACUUUGUGUCCCACGACCAGAUGAUGCAGGACAUCAGCAACAACGAGUACCUGGAGUACGGCAGCCACGAGGACGCCAUGUACGGCACGCGGCUGGAGACCAUCCGCCAGAUCCACCAGACCGGCCUAGUGGCCAUCCUGGACGUGGAGCCCCAGGCCUUGAAGGUGCUGAGGACGGCGGAGUUCGCCCCGUACGUCGUCUUCAUCGCCGCGCCGAACGAUCACACCAGGCAAUCAACCGAGGACGAGUCGCUGCAGCGGCUGCAGAAGGAGUCAGAGAUCCUGCAGAAGACCUACGCCCACUACUUCGACCAGACCAUCAUCAACAACGAGAUCGACGAGACCAUCCGCCACCUGGAGGAGGCCAUCGACCUGGUGUGCACCACCAACCAGUGGGUGCCCGUCUCCUGGGUCUACUGACCGCCCCCCGUCCCUGUCCCCCCCCAAGCUUGGAUCGCGCCCCUACACCCACCGGCUCCCCCCCGCCCCUUCUGCCCGUCUCUCGUCCCAGGCGGGUUGACCUCCUCCUCCUCCUUCUCAAACCUACUUCAUUGGUUCCUCCGACCUCUUGACUCCUCCCCUGUCCGACCUCUCGACCUAUAACAAAGCACCUGGGAUCGCGCCCCUCCCCGUAGUUCCAGGGAGAAGAAGAAAUGAGCGAACCUACCAACCAACCAACCAACCAACCAACCAACCAACCAACCAAGCAUACAAUGGAAACGCCUCACGCUGCAUCGAACACCGACGCAACCGCCAGACCACCGCAUCCACAGGGGACGGUGCGCCGAUGGACCCCGGCCAGUACAGAGCCCCCGGCCCUAGCGCUUUGUAGGACGAUGUAAAGCGAAAUGAGUAUUGUCGUGUCUGUGAGUAGCUAGGCCAGGAGACAUUCUUUCAAGAUGUU